CUUAAAAAAAAAAAAGAAUUUGCUACUUGUACUCCCACCAGGUCCAAUUUCAAGCUACCAGCUGGUUUAGGAACUGACUUACAGAACUCUCAAACAUUUAACAACCAGCUCUCACUGCCCAUUAGAUCGCUGUCCCCUCCAGAGGCCGUCAACCACGCAAGCCCCCAGGGCCUACCCACAUGCCUCCUUGAGCCCCAACUCCCACUUCCCUGCCUGUAUUUGCAAAAUACCAUUAUCCAUGCAUUGGACAGUGCGUGAGCCUGGGCCUGAGGCCUGCGUGGCCCUUCACAGUCCUUGUGCUGCAGUCCUGGGGGAAGGCUGGUGGGUGGGCCUCGCAGGUCACUGCGGAACUGCGGAGGGAAUAGGUAUGAAAUGGCUUUGCCAAAGUGAACCCCAAACCUAGUCCAGUGCCCAAGUCCCAGUGACUGCUAUCUCUAGUACGGAGCGAUGGGGAGGUCUGACUCAAUGUGUCACUGUGGGUUGACAAGCCCCGGUCGGGAGCAGCUAGCAGUCUGCCUGCUGAUGAGCUGCCCAGCCUCUCACCUCUCUCUGUCACAUGCAGCCUCCUCACACCCUCCCACUUCCAGGGACGAGGUGAGCCCGGUGACGAAUACCAGGUAACCAGGAAGCCACUGCUAGGUCAGUUCCCUGGACCAUAGAAUGACACAAUGCCCAUCUCAGGGGCUCGGAGUCUGUCCACAAAGUUCCCUUGCAGAAGAGGCUUCCUGGUCUUGUGGGUGGCCAGAGCGUUUCUCUGGGUGCAGGUUUUCCUGGUGCAAUCUUCUUGGAGACCCACCUGCACUUGACACCUUCCCAGUGACUCCAUUUCCCCCUCCUCCGGGCUUCUGGAAUGGCACAAGGGCCCCACCUUAGCCAGGCAGCUGUGAUGAGAGUUGUUGACCCAGCUGCGUCUCUGCUAGCCCACUGUGUCAGCUGGAAGGGGCUGACACAGCAGCAGGGACUAGGGAUUUUUCAGUAUAGCCAGGGACCCUAGGAACAUCCAGAGGCAGGACCAGGGCCAGGAUCGUCGGGGAGUCAGCCAGGCACUGGGGGAAUGAGUGGUACAGGGUACGGAUGAGAAACAGGCUUUGGGCCAGGAACAAUAGCUGAGAGCCGCAGGUGUGCCGCUGUUCCAGCUCCUCUCCUGUCUUAAUCCCUCUUGUUUGGUGACAGCACUCCACUGGGUCUGGAGCCCGGCAGAAAACACCUGCUGACCUGAGAGUAAGUUUCUGUGGGGGCUGGAGACAGUCACACGUGUCUGGUUUAUGUGAACCUCUCAGUCGGGUUCAUUGCUGGAGACAGAGUUAUGAAUGAACCAGUAUACCAUCCUGCAACACAUGCUCCACUGGGAGUGGGCACGCGUGUGAGAGCCACAGAAGGCUCCAUGGAGGGGGUGACAUUUGAAGGAUGUCAUGAAAGUGGGUCCCCCCCCACAGCCCCAGUCUCUCUGUACAGGCCCAAGUCAGGCUCCAACCCUGGGACUCACAGAUCUGCCUUCUGGGAACCCACCGGGUGGCCCAAGGCAGGCUGCACUCCCCAGCAGGAGGUCACACAGCCAACUUCCUCCAUCCAAAUCCUCCCAGAACCUCACCACUGGCUUCGCCAACAUGGCGGGCAUGUCCCCUUCUGAGAACAUAAGGGAGUGAGAUUCCCUCACUGCUCUUUCCAUGAAUGAAGACGGAACUGGGAGAAAGAGGGCUGCGGAGCUUGGGGAAGGGGCUCUUGGGAGUUUCCUGGAAGGUGAGAGGGAACGGGAGGGGAGGAGACAACAUCAGUGGCUCAGAGGUCGGGCCCGCCCAGCGCUGGAGCUGGAGCCCAUCCGGAUCUUGGCGUACACUCCCAGAAGUUCAGGGUUGGCACCAGCCCACUUCAGGGCCUUAAUGAGGGUGCUCUGGCUGAGGCCUGCCCCCCUCCUGCAAGUGCUGACUCUGAACUAGAUGUGAUCAGUGAAGGAAAAAUGACUGUAGCCAUCGAGUUCGUGGCAAAUGCUUGUGUGUAUGUGUGUCCCCUCACUUAAAAAACAAUUUCUGUGCAUUCUUGAUUUGGGACUGUCCUCUAUCUUCCCCUCUAGAGAAUCUCAUGGAAUUCCACACUUGGUUUAGAAUGAGAAACACCACGCCAGGCUCACAUAUGGUAGGUACGUGGUGAAUGGAUGCUCCUUUAGCCCCUCAAAGUGGCCGCUUGGGGAUGGGGCAAAGGGGCUUCCCCAGGCUGGAAGCUGGUGGGCCUUUGGUCCUUGCCUCCCCCUUCCUUCUCCUGCUGAUGACAGACACCUGGAUGUCAUCACAUACUCUGUGUCCUCCUCUGUUAUUCUCGGACACGGGCUGGGGAGGGUACCUGAGUGGUACCCUCUGACUGGGGCUGGACUUUCUUGCACCGUGGGCUGGCCUGUACCAGUCCCAGCAAUGGAUGCAGAAGGGUGAGGCACUGAUCCUGCUCGUUGGGCAGGAUGCUGGCAGGAGGGAGGGCUGAGCAAGGGCGGGGCUUCCAGAACAAAGGAGAAUGGGGAGCCCUGGGGGCCUAGGCUAGGCAUCAAAAAGGCUCUGCCGAUUGAGCAGGUCAGAGUAGCUGCCUGCCUCUGUGCCCAGCAGUCAGUCGGACAGCUCGCGCCGGGCCCCCUCUGCCUGCCCCAGACGGGCAGCAAGCAACACUCCUCUCCGAGAGGCGUUCUUCUCCAGCGUGAUUGCGCCCACACUGCUCUGCGCUUUGCUCUACUUGGCGUGGGUCGGUGCUGCAGUUCCAGAGGAGGGCAGAGGGAUGGCGGGGAGCGGAGCCAGGAGCCAGGAGGGCCGUAGGGAGCAUGCCUUUGUUCCGGAGCCCUUUGAUGGAGCCAACAUAGCCCCACACCUCUGGCUGCACCGCUUCGAGGUCAUCAACGACCUCAACCACUGGGACCAUGCCACCAAACUCAGGUUCCUGAAAGAGUCUCUCAGGGGAGAUGCCCUGGAGGUCUAUAGUGGACUCAGCCCCAAGGACCAGGAAGACUACGGUGCUGUGAGAGAGACCCUCCUGAAAGCCUUCGGUGGGCCUGGGGCCUCCCGCAGCCACCUGCCCAAGGAGAUCGUCUUUGCCAACAGCAUGGGUAAGGGCUACUACCUUAAGGGGAAAAUUGGCAAGGUGCCUGUGAGGUUCCUGGUGGAUUCCGGGGCUCAGGUGUCUGUGGUCCACCCCAGCUUGUGGGAGGAGGUCACGGAUGGUGACUUGGACACCCUGCGGCCCUUUGAGAAUGUGGUAAAAGUGGCCAAUGGGGCUGAAAUGAAGAUCCUGGGCAUCUGGGAUACAGUGGUGUCCCUGGGGAAGCUGAAGCUGAAGGCAGAGUUCUUAGUGGCCGAUGCCAGUGCUGAAGAAGCCAUCAUUGGUACUGACGUGCUCCAGGACCACAACGCCGUCCUGGACUUCGAGCAUCGCACAUGCACCCUGAAGGGGAAGAAGUUCCGCCUCCUGCCUGUUGGAGGGUCCCUGGAAGAUGAGUUCGACCUGGAGCUCAUAGAGGAGGAGCCCUCCUCGGGGGAGGGGGGACAGGAGCUCUCCUACUGAGAAGCCCCCUUUCCUUUACCCCCCAAACAUCGGUGGGAGGACCCACCACAGUGGAAGGGAAGGGCAUAUAGCCUCAGGGGUCACUGGGUUUUGCCAGCCUUCUGGAACCAACUCUUGCCUCCUCCUCUCCCUCCUCCUCCAUGUGCAGGGGCCUUCUUCUGUCCCUGGUCGGGGAGGCUUCCAUCUGAGCAGGCACAGGUGAGGGAGAACAGGCUGGCUAUCUCAGAGGGAGGGAAGAGUCCUCAUAGGGUCAAGCUGCUAUUGGUGGCAAAGAUUUAAGACCGGAAGGUUCCAAGAUGACUAGAAAUGACUGUCUUUCAGAGAGGACUGGGGUACCUCUUCAGAUCCCCUGAGAUGUGGCUCAGUCCCUUCCAGCUCCAUGCGGUCCUUCUCAGUUGGGCUGGGUCCGGGCUACAAGGUCCUCACAAGCAAGACCCAGCUCUUGUGGGUGAGGGUCACAGCUGCCCUGGGAGUCUUCCCUGCUGGGUCUUCCCACCUACCUGUAUGAUGUAGUUUCCUUCUGUCAUUUGCUCUGAAACUCAUUGAGCCUUAUGCCAUAAUUCUUUACUUCAAAAACCAAUAAAAAUUGACUCAUGGA